ACUGCACUGAGUCGCGGACCGACGUCAUCCGUCCUGAUUUGUAGCAGUCUGGGAAUCAUCUGCUCAUCGCAGCUAGUCUACUCUCUCUCUCAAUUAUAAACCAAACCGCAACAGGUUCAGAACGACAUCAGUGUUCUAGGUUGGGAAUUAAGGAAUAACGUCGUUAAAGGAGGGAUUUGUCCUCAACUAGGAAGAUGAUGAAACGUGCAGCUCCUGAAGCUGCCGCUACCCUCCUUUGCAUUGAACGAUGUCUGUGAGUUAGCCAGCUGAAUAGAGGUUCUCCCUGUAGCCGAUGGUGCUCCCGCUAUGAACGCAGCAGCCCUUGGCUGAUGAUGUAGGACGGACGGAAGAAAUCCUGUGAUAUCCUUCAUCGAAGUCCCCCCCCCCCCCCCCCCCCCGGAAGCACAGGGUAGAGGAUGAAGGAGCAGGAACCUCUGGAAGCAGAUGCAGUCAGCAUGUGGAACAUCAGUCCAGAGGAGAGGCUGAAACAUGAUAAACAGUUUAACUCUCUGACACCUGUCCUGGGAUACAUAUCGGGUGAACAGGCGAGUCAGUUCUUCCUCCAGUCUGGUCUUCCUCCUUCAGUCCUGGCUGAGAUCUGGUCCCUAGCUGAUAUGGGUAGUGAUGGGAGGAUGGACCAACUAGAGUUCUCUAUUGCCAUGAAGCUGAUUAAACUGAGGCUGCAGGGGCGGGGCCUUCCCCCCUCUCUACCAAUCAGCAUGAAGCAGCCACCCACUGCAACGCCCACCUCCAUUAUGAAGUCUUCAGCAUUCUCCGGUAUGGGCUCGAUGCCAAAUCUGUUCGUCGGCAUGCCCGUCCUGACCCCGAUGCCCCUUAACCCCACCCUGACGUCUGUGCCCUCCCUGGUUCCCAUGACGAUGCCCCUGGCCAAUGGCAACUCCAGCCUCCUCAACCCAUCUCCAUUUAGCACCACUCCAGCACUCCCUCUGUCCUGCUUCUCCUCUCCAAUGGCAUUCUCUCCAUCUGCUGGGAUCUCCAAGGCUAACUCCCUAUUGGAUCUGUCCUCUAGCAGUUCUAACUCAUCCUCCACCACCUCCCUGGCCAGUAACUCUCCCAAGACGUGCUCUUGUGAUUGGUCCGUUCCCCAGUCCACCAGGCUGAAGUACAGACAACAGUUUAACAGUCUGGACAAGCUGAUGAGUGGAUACCUCUCUGGCCCUCAGGUGAGGAACGCCCUGACUGCCUCCAACCUCACCCAGACACAGCUAGCUACCAUCUGGACCCUGGCUGACGUGGAUAAGGACGGUCAGCUGAGAGCUGAGGAGUUUAUUCUGGCCAUGCACCUGGUAGACAUGGUUACGACAGGAUGUCCGCUACCCCUCACCCUGCCCUCAGACCUGGUACCCCCCUGUUUUAGAGAUAGCAGGCCAGUAGAGAUGUUGAAUGGAACUGGGCCCUACCUCUCCACUGGCCUGAUAGACGGGACAGCAGAGCUUGAACCUGCACACAAGAACAAGAACAACGUAGUAUCGUAUGAAGACCGUCUGAAGGAAAACUUUGCGCGAGGCAGCGCUGAGCUGGAGAAGCGUCGUCUGGCUCUAGAAGAUAAACAGAGGAGGGAGGUGGAGAUGAGAGAGAGGGAGGCCAGUGAGGUGCAGGGGAUGAGAGAGGUGUGGGAGCAGGAGCAGGAGAACAAGAGACAACAAGAAGAGGAGAGACAGAGAGAGAGAAAGGAGGUGGGACCAGUGUUCAUUUUGUCAACAAAAAUAAACUCAAAUACACCACAUUUCAGUGGCUCGUUUAAUCUCUGUCUCGCUCUCUCUCUUUUUCAUGCUCUUUUCUCUCUCGGGCUCUCGCAGGCAGCGCAACAGGAGCAGGAGCGCCAGCGGAGGGAGGAGUGGGAGCGAGUGAGGAAGGAAGAGUUGUGGAGGAUGAGAGAAAGAGAGCAGGAGGAGAUCACUGUGCUCCGAGCCAAGAAGAAGAGUUUGGAGAUGGAGCUGGAGGCUGUGGGCAGCAGACACAAGCAGUUAUCAGAUGGUCUCCGUGACGCCCAGAGUAAGAGGCGGAUCCAAAGAGCGGAGAUCGAUCUCAUCAAUCAGCGGAGAGAUGGGCGUGCCUCCAAGAUCAACACCCUGCAGACACAGUUUGAGGACUACCAGAGGAAACUGUGUCAGUUGGUUCCACAGCAACAGAGACUGACAGAGAGACUCAAGAACAUGGGCUGCAACAACAUCCCUGCUGUGGCAAUGACCUCUGUAGGUGGCAGCGUUGCGGAGAAGGGUGUGGUCUGUCGGAGGCUGAAGGACCAAUUAGACACUCUGGAGAGAGAGACAACCGACAAGCUGGCCAUGAUGGACCACUACCAGCAAGACCUCAAGUCAGUCGAUAUGGAUGACUGUGUUCUACAGUCUCUUCUCUCGCUGCUGGGCUGUCUCAGUCAACUCUUCCUCCUUAUCAAGGACUUGAGGGAGCGGCAGAGGAAGCAGCAGGCUGUUCUGGAGGACCUCGGCCGGGUCAAGGAGCUGAAACUGAGAGAGAUGGAGAGAGGGAGAGAAGAGGAAAGAGAGAGAAAGAGGAGGGGCGAUGAAGAGGCUGCCAGACAAGCCAAGCUGGAGUCAGAGAGGAGAGAGGAGGAGGAGAGAAGGAGGCGAAUUGAGCCGCAGGAGAGAGGAGGCCGCCAGCAUCCAGUGCUGAAUGCAGAUAGUUUAUUAACCCUGACCUCCUGCAGAGCCCUGUACCCCUUCACCGCACGCAACGCUGACGAGCUCAGCCUGGACGCUGACUGUUUCAUAGAGGUAGAUGAUGAGAUGGUGGGGGAGCCUGGUUGGCUGUGUGGUAGUUACCGUGGGAACAGGGGCUGGUUCCCCCAGAGCUAUGCUGAGAGAUGCACCACCCCCCUUGCCUCUGACCUACUGCCCCCUUCCUGUCCAACACUACCACCCAGCCCGGGACUUCCUGACGGAGAGAUUGCAGGGGCAGGACGGAUCCCCGCCCCCAGCGUCACCCCCAUCAAAGACUCCUCCCAGGAAAACAACACACACACAGAACCUCUACACACCGCUGUUGAUGAGUUGGAGAGCCCAGAUCCCAGCCAGAUAGAAGAGUUCGUGGCCCUGUUCACCUAUGAGAGCCCGGAGGCAGGCGACCUGACGUUCUCUGAGGGGGACGUAGUCAUGGUAACAGAGCAGGAGGGGGAGUGGUGGAGGGGGUGCAUUGGAAACCGGACCGGAGUGUUCCCUUCCAACUACGUCAAACCCAUGGAACCAGAGGUCACUAGGCCUGGAGCUGCUUCCAAGAAACCUGAGAUCGCCCAGGCGAUCACCCUGACUACAGAGCAGCUAAGUCUGUCACCGGGGCAACUGAUCGUGGUCCAUGCCAAGAACUCCUCCGGCUGGUGGCUUGGGGAAUUGCAGGUCCGAGGGAAGGGGCCACGAAGAGGCUGGUUCCACUCCUCUCAUGUCAAACUGCUCCCUCCCACAAGCAGCAAGACUACCCCUGCACCUGUCCCAGGUCAUCGCCAGGUACAACUUCACAGCAGCCAAUUAGGACUUGAUGAACUUCUCCAAUUGUCAGCUGAUCAACGUUAUGGACAGUGACAACCCUGAUUGGUGGAUUGGAGAGGUCAACGGGGUCACGGGGCUGUUGCCAACCAAUUACGUCACCAUGGCCACUGAGUCCGACCCCAGGCAGUAAUGAAAGUAACGCUGGCACCUUGUCCUCUCCCUCUUCUUACUUCUUCUUCUCUGAGCCAAUCCUGGAAGCCUCAACUCUUCAUCUGCCAGCGAGACCCUCCUCUUCUUCCUCCUCUUCUUCCUCCUCCUCUUCCUCCUCCUCUUCCUCUUCUUCCUCCUCCUCCUCUUCCUCCUCCUCUUCCUACACUCUGCUUGUAUCUCAUUUAGAAUGCUUUUUGUUCGUCUAUCCUCACUCUUUAUUUCUCUCUCUCUCCUCUAUCAUAACUAGUUCUCUCUCCUCUAUCAUAACUAGUUCUCUCCUCUAUCAUAACUAUUUCUCUCCUCUAUCAUAACUAGUUCUCUCUCCUCUAUCAUAACUAGUUCUCUCCUCUAUCAUAACUAGUUAUCUCUCCUCUAUCAUAACUAGUUCUCUCCUCUAUCAUAACUACAUGUAGUUCUCUAUCCUCUAUCAUAACUCGUUCUCUCUCCUCUAUCAUAACUAGUUCUCUCCUCUACCAUAACUAGUUCUCUAUCCUCUAUCAUAACUAGUUCUCUCUCCUCUAUCAUAACUAGUUAUCUCUCUCCUCUAUCAUAACUAGUUCUCUCUCUCCUCUAUCAUAACUAGUUCUCUCUCCUCUAUCAUAACUAGUUAUCUCUCCUCUAUCAUAACUAGUUCUCUCCUCUACCAUAACUAGUUCUCUAUCCUCUAUCAUAACUAGUUAUCUCUCCUCUAUCAUAACUAGUUAUCUCUCCUCUAUCAUAACUAGUUCUCUCUCCUCUAUCAUAACUAUUUCUCUCUAUAUCAUAAC